AUGGUGGCCGGAAUUAGCAAACGGCAGCAGUUCCGCAAUGAGCGGGCGCUGCAGGACCUCAUUCGGUCGGUCCCUGGAAAUGACCGCUGUGCCGAUUGUCAGGCGUUGAACCCAGGAUGGGCUAGUUGGAACAUUGGAAUCUUUAUCUGCAUGCGAUGUGCGUCUUUGCAUCGCAAGCUGGGCACACAUAUCUCCAAGGUCAAAUCUUUGAGCAUGGAUACAUGGACGGACGAUCAGGUCGAUAAUAUGAAAUCGCACGGAAACAACAUCAUGAACAAGAUCUACAACCCUAAGAACGUCAAGCCGCCUGUUCCGACCGACGUGGACGAGUCCGACGCUUGCAUGGAACGCUUCAUUCGCCAGAAAUACCAGCACCGCUCCCUCGACGAGGUGAAACAAAAGCCUCCCAGUCGUCAUGAUUCGGGCUACGAUAGACCCCGCGCAGAGGACCGGUCGCCGGAAGGCUCUCCUCCUCCUCUCCCUCCCAAGCCUGCCAGGCCCUUUGGCUUUGGUCUUCGGUCCGCCUCAUCUGCGACUAAUCUCAACCGGAUGUCCAACAGAGGUUCGGCAAUCUCACCACAGUCGGAUAGCUUCGGUGCGUCGGGAAUCUCAGUGAGGAAAGGCUCGGGAGAUGCGUCGUUUGAUGCGAAGCUGGCGACCCUACGGGAUAUGGGCUUCGCAAACGAGCGCCGCAACGCGAUCGCCCUCCGCGAGCUGGACGGCAAUCUAGACAAGACGAUCGAGACGUUAGUGAGGCUGGGAGAAGGCAAUGGAUCUGUCUCGCUUGCCAAGUCUCCGGCUGCGCAACCUACUCCUGAUGCUGGCAAAUCUUCCAAUCCAUUCGAUCAACUGGAUGCCAGGCCCGCUACUCGCCAAGCAAGUGGGAGCUACAAUCCGUUCGAUGCACCUGUGCAGUCUCAGCCGCAGGCCCAGCAAGCCCCGGUGCAAUCGCUGGAGCAGUCUUUUCAGAACCUGCAGGUCGCGCAGCCCUUGUUUCCACACUCUACCGGUGGCUAUCCAAUGCGGCAAGUUUCGCUCCCUCAGCCUCUAUACCAGCAGACGGCGACGCCCCCGGUUCCCACGAACUUUGCCCAGAACGCAUAUGUCUCUUCUCCGCAGCCACUAGACGGUGGCAACAAUCCUUUCUUCCAGACCGGAGCUCAGCCGCAGGCCAGCAUGACCCCUCCCGCGUCCAAUCUCGCCCAGACAAACCCCUUCUUCAGUCAGGUUGCACCGCAGCCGACCGGGAUGCAGCAACCACCUCAGAGUCAGGCCGCAUCAAAUUCCCCAUUCGGCCCCCUUCGACACGCAAACACCAUGCCUGUCAUGCCCUCCACAUCGCCUUUCGGCCAGCCUUCUCCAUUCCAAUCGCAGCUCCAGUCCCAGCCUCAGUCUCAGCCUCAACCCCAAGGGCAACCGCAACCGCAACCCCAAUACCAAAUGCAGCAGCAUCUGCAACAACCGCAAGGGUCUCUGAACCCCUAUCAAGCCAUGACCGCGCCAGCUACCCCCCAGAACACAAAUUACCUGGCGCAACCGCAAUACGGAUAUCAAGCAUCUGCGCAACAUCUAGCGCCGCAGCCCACCGGCCGCGUCGACAAGAACAGCAUCCUCUCCCUCUAUCAAUUCUCCCCGCAACCUUCCGCCACCCCAGAGCAACCUCAAUACCGACCUUCCACGGCCGUGAACCCUCCCACUCAGACCGGCCAGCCUUCCCCCUUCAAUACCAUGCCGCAACAACAACAACAAUCACAACCUUUCAACACCAUGCCCCAACAACAACAACAGCAGCAGCAGCAGCAGCAGCAGCAGCAACAACUCCAACCUCAACAACAACAAAGCAACCCCCUCACAGACCCCCUAUCAGCAAGCGGCACCCGCAACCCCUUCUUCACCACAGCUCCCCAACCAGGAGCUCCCUCCUCGGUCCCAACCACCACCGCACAAGUAACAACAACACCCUACCUCACCACCACCGCCCCACCCCAACAGCAGCAACAGCAACAACAACAACAAACACUCAAUGUCUACGGAGGAAUGCCCAACAAGCCCACCGGCUUCCCACGAGGUCACAUGAGCCAGCAAAGCGUCGAUAUCAACGGCUUCCAGAGCGGACGACACAGUCCCGAUGCAUUUGCCAGCUUGAGUGCACGAUAUGGAUAG